AUGCUGAGCCGUAGAACGACCGUCGCCGCCGCUUCCUCUUCCCCGGGCUCCGCCGGAACGCAGUCGGCGCCCUCCUCCUCCGGCGAGUGCGAACCGGAGCGCCGGCGGAGGCGGCAGCAGGCGGAGACUUACCACGAGCAGACCAAGCACUCCCUCACCGACGGGUAUGCGCGCGGACCGAGGGGUCUCGACUGGGCCAACCAGCCAAAUCCCUUCCUCCGUUUCCUGUCCUCCCCUCUGGUUCCCCUUCAGCACUUCCCUCUCCCCGAGCACCGCUCCCACGGAAAGGAUCUCCCUCUCUACCACUCCGUCUUCUCCGCCGUCUCUCCCGCCGCUCCGCAGCCGCUCUCCCACGCCUCCAUCUCGCAGCUCUUCUACGAUUCGCUGUCGCUCUCCGCUUGGAAGACGACCGGCGCCUCCACCUGGUCUCUGCGCGUAAACCCCAGCUCCGGCAACCUCCACCCCACCGAAGCUUAUCUGCUUUCCCCUCCAUUACCUUCCUCAUCGUCGACUGCUGCUUCGUCGUCUCCAUUCGUCGCGCACUAUGCUCCCAAGGAGCACGCCCUUGAUAUCCGCGCCGUCCUCCCUCCCGACUUCCUCCCCCGCUUCUUUCCGAGCUCCUCUAUACUCGUAGGUUUCUCCUCCAUCUUCUGGCGGGAGGCGUGGAAGUACGGCGAGCGCGCUUUCCGCUACUGCAACCACGACGUCGGCCACGCCAUCGCCGCGGUUGCUAUUGCCGCUAGGGCGCUCGGUUGGGACGCUAGACUGCUCGACGGCCUCGGAUGCACAGACCUCAGCAACCUCUUCGGGCUGGGAAUGGGGACUUCUUCCCCUCAUCCACCGGAGCAGCUCCCUUCCCGUCCGACUCGCGGCCGCUUCCCCUGGGUGGAGAUGGAGCACCCCGACUGCGUCUUGCUCGUCUUCCCCGCGGGACUGGCUGCAGGCUCCGAAUUCUCCGUCGACUACGCUUCACUAAGCGGCGAGAUCUCCAAGCUCCGGUCCCUGGACUGGUUCGGGAGCCCUAACGCCCUCAGCAAGGACCACGUCUGUUGGGACAUCAUAUACAAGACUGCGGAAGCCGUGGAGAAGCCGACGACGGCUGUCGAUCGCUUCUCAGUGGAUCCCUUCUGUGGUAGCGGGCUGCUUUCUGAAGGUUUAUACAAGGAUCUGACCGUCAGGGAGGUCGUGCGGAGGCGGAGGAGCGCUGUUGACAUGGAUGGGGAUCACGCCCUGAAGAAAGAAACCUUUUACCAGAUGAUGUUGCACUGCCUUCCUUCGGGUGAUCUAGCAAGAGGGGAGAAGCAGGGAAGGCCUCUCGCGUUGCCAUUCAGGGUUCUUCCAUGGGAUUCGGAGGUACAUGCUGCUCUCUUUGUUCACAGAGUCGUGGGAUUGCCGAAAGGAGUGUACUUCCUGGUGAGGAAUGAAGACCACCUUGAUAGCCUCAGGAAGGCUAUGAGGUCUGAAUUUGAGUGGGAGAAGCCAGAUGGUUGUCCUGAUGGUCUUCCCCUCUAUAGACUCGCUUGGGGCGAUUGCCAGGAUCUUGCCAAGCAACUUUCUUGCCAUCAGGUAUUCCUGCUUUUAUGGCGUUCUUAUUUUUGUCUCGUUUCUUUUGGUGCUAUGGUUACUUGCAGCAUAGUUGACAUCACAUAUCGAUUCUUUAUUUUUCUCACCAUCUUUUUUAUGCAGCCAUAUCUUUUACAGUAUCUCAUAUUGAUUGGGAAAAUUGGAUUGUUUGUUAUAUUUUAAUAAAAAUAGAUAAUGUUAUGUCGUCAAUAUAAUAGUGUGCAAAGAAACGUAUGAGAAGGAGUUCCUUUCAAGGUUUCUUCCAAUAAGAAGAAGAUUGUGGAUAUGAAAAUAAAUCUUAUUAUCAGUAUCUCUCGUCCUGUAGAUGCUGUUCUGUAUCAGUUUCCAUGAAGAAUCGUGUUAAAAUAUUUUCUUAGUUUUUAUGAAUAGCAAGUGACGUUCAAAUUUUUUUCCUCUGAGUGCCAAUGCAUCAUGGUAUUUGGUGCAAUGGUGAAGAACUCUGCAUUUUUUUGUAAAAUGCAGGACAUUGCUGCAGAUGGAUGCUUCAGCCUAGGCAUGGUGGCUAGGUUUGAGCCAGUGUUGCGUGAAAGAGAUGCAUGGAUGUAUCCACGUUUGUUCUGGGAGACUGGCGUUCUUGGUCAAGUCCUGUACCUUGAAGCUCAUGCUGUUGGGAUAUCUGCAACAGGCAUUGGUUGCUACUUUGAUGAUGCGGGUAUGCAUUUUCUCCUCCGCAUCUGUUUUGAUGAUAGUUAUGAAUUACUUGCUAUUAUCUUUUUUAGUUUAUAAACUAUCCUUUACUUCUUCUGGAUCUUUUGGGUCAGAGAUGAAAGUAUUUGGACCAACAUAGAGGAUGAGAUAUUUAUGGAAGCUGUUAUGGGGAACUAAGAAUCUCAAUUCUGUGAUUCCUAGCUCAUGAAUAUAUGGGGAACUUCAUCCAUAAAAUGAGUUUUUACUCUCACACAAGAAGAACAUUUAUGGAUCAGCAAUAUGUUUAAUCAGAAUUUAAUUGGUUAUAAGAGCAGUUAAUGUGUGUGAUAGGGUAAUGUAAACUGGUAUUAUCUGCAACGGUUAGAGAAAUCGGGUAGGAAAAACCUGGUUCCCAGGUUGUAAUCUAGUAGAACAGCAUUAAAAUUUAAUAAAGAUAGCCCAGUAUGAAAUGAUCUUAUAAGAUGAACAUGCCCCAUUUUUGCUUCCGUUUUAAUCUUGGUUACGAACACCUAUCUUCCGUUCUAAUCUUGGAUACCACUGUUAUAGAUCGGAUCCCAGCUAAGACAAACUGAUAACUUGAGAAAUUACAUAGAUUGCUUUUCUAUGAUCCUGGUGCUGAAGCUUAAACUGCAGUUUUAGGGUUUGUGACGGCCAUAAAAUUAUUGGCAGAUUUUUUUGAGUCUGAUAGUUUCUUAGAUUUUUUGUUCUUUUUUUUUAAAUUCCUGAUGUUUUUAUUUUUACCAUGAAUUAAUUAAUAUGGUGCUUUAAUCUAGCCGUAUAUAACCAGUUUACUGCUGUUUUAUCUUCUUCAACUAAUUUUUAUUGCCUCAAUUCUCUCAAUCUUUUGUUGCUCCACUUAAGUAUUUACCAUAACUCUCAUCACAUUAUAAUUGUGGAGAAAUACUACCUGUGAGAAAGUGGCCUGAGAACUCGGGUUUCAGGUUUUUUUCUCUCUCUCUGUCUCUGUCUGUUUCUUGCUCGCUAGAAUGCCCUUGUUGAUGCCUUGAUUUCAUGAGCUGUCGUGGUGUCCUAAAACUCUUCCUUGGAUCGGCAGUGCACGAUGUUCUCGGAUUGAAGGGGGCAGAAUUCCAGAGCCUUUAUCAUUUUACAGUGGGGCGUGCGGUGCAGGACAAGAGAAUUAUGAGCCUUCCUGCGUAUCCAGGCCCAGAUAUAGAUGCUUGA